UAGGGUUUUAGAGCAUUAUAAAUUUAUAAUAUAAACAUCGCAAGUCGCCCUAUUUCUGGUUCUCGCACUAGCUUCGCAGACACUCGCACGUAGAGGCUGUUCUGCUUCUUAGCUUCCAGGGAAGUACUUGCGCAUCAACAGCAAUAAUGUCAGGUGAAGAAGUUGCUCCAGUUGCUGAGGCCCCAGUAGCGGCUCUUGGUGAGCCGAUGGACUUGAUGACAGCCUUGCAGCUUGUGCUUAGGAAAUCACUUGCUCAUGGUGGUCUUGCUAGGGGUCUUCAUGAAGGUGCAAAAGUGAUCGAGAAGCAUACAGCCCAGCUGUGUGUGCUGGCGGAGAGUUGUGACCAGCCUGACUAUGUCAAACUGGUCAAGGCACUUUGUGCUGAUCACAAUGUGCACUUGUUAACUGUCGAAGAUGCUAAGACCCUUGGUGAAUGGGCUGGUUUGUGUAAGAUUGAUUCUGAAGGAAAAGCCAGGAAGGUGGUUGGUUGUUCCUGUGUUGUCGUGAAGGAUUUUGGAGAAGAGACUCCUGCUUUAAAUGUAGUCCAGGAGCACUUGAAGUCAAACUGAGUCGAGAUGGACCGACUAUGUUGCUUAUUGAUAUUGAAUCUAGGGAAUUUUGAGUGUUUUAGAGUUGCUAUUAUUCUCAGAAGACUUGUUUUCCGUUGCUGCAUUUGGACGUCUUUUUGAAUAGAUGCUACUCAGUGACAGAUUUGUUAUGGUUCUGGUUGAGAACUGCUGUGUUUUAUUUUCAUUCCAUGAAUGGAUAUGGUGAUAUAUUCAAGCUUAAUUGUAAGCACAUCGUCUCCGUUUUAAUCAGUUAUCUAGUGCAUGUUGAAUCACAA